AUGUAUCACUUCUAUCAUCAGGGUUCAGACACCUUUCCGCCAGAGCCCGGAAUCAUCGAAGAAUAUCAAGAUGGAGGAAGCGAGUCCGACACCAGCGAGGCUGUCGAACACGGCCACCAAAUGGAUUCCCGAGAUGAUUCAACAACCGGAGGAUCCACGAUGGCGUCUAGACAGGAGAAUCAGCCUCCGAGCGCGUUCCAGUUAUUGGCCGUCGAACUUCAACACAAGAUCAUCCCGCUCCUCGACCCGAUUGGCCUCGUGUCGCUUAGCCAAAGCUGCCAAUACUUCCGUCGCCUCAUCGAUCCGGGGACAAAGGAACUUGCGGAAAGGCUGCUACAAGUGGAAUUGUUCGAACGCUACGGAGGCUGGACACCACUGUGCUACAUAUCGGGGGGGAUCCUCAAGCCGAUUUGGAACCUCAAAGAUUGGGAGGCUCAUCGGUGGGCAUGCACAGCUUGCCUGAGACUCCUCCAACAUACAGACUUCGACAAUCAUUCCAUUCUGGGAGACGCGUAUCGAAAGCCACCAUUUACGUCCCCGGCUGCCAACCCCACGACCUCUUGGCUGCCUUCCUUGCGUGAGAAAGCCAAGGAGCGAAGCCCAGAGUCACCGGAGCAAGUUGAGGAGGGAGAGAAUGAAUUCGAAGUGCCACGCCAGAGAAAUAAGCAUUAUGGGCGCGCCUGCAUUGGCUACAGGCGAUGGCGACGCAAAUGCAAUGAGUGCCGAUUUCAGGCAGGAGAGCUUGGGCCCAAGCGCUCAAUUAACGACAGCUCGGGAUUUCCUAUCUACAAAGGCGGCACUCAAAAUGUCCCAAUACAGAAAUCUCGUGGGCUAUACUUCGAAUCAUGCCUUGAGCGCUGGUUCCCGGACCUCUCGGAUGUGCUUUCACGUUUCUUUCACCUGCCUUCAUCCUCACCAGGCCCAGCACGCCCGGCCGGGUUAGAUGUCACUGCACUGCGAUGGACAACGUACAUGAUAAGGUGCCCUUGCUGCACCAAAUGGCAGGAAAUGCGCAAUUUCAGAUUUGGAAGUGUGAAAAACAAUUGGUUCCCGUACCACCAAGGUGACGGUGUGGUGGCAUCAGAGGCGUACAAUGAGGCCAGUAUGGCCUGGGAUGUGUCGGUCAGGACACAGCUUGAUGACCUUCUAUGCAACCGAUGUUUUACGAAUGAACAUGGAGAUGAGGCUUUGGCUGCGGCCUUACUCGAAUGGCUUCAGAUUCCUAUGCUGAGAUACCGCGAACAACUUGAGCAAAGACUCCGUACUCCCAUCGAGAAUCUUGAGCGCUUUACAAGGUACGACUGGGAUCUGAGAGGAAUAGUAGCAGAACAGCAAGAGGAUAUUCAACCAGGCCAUUCUGGACUUCUCCGUCAUGUUGAUGUCAGGUUAUUCCAGAGACAUCACGACCAAUUCAGUGAGUUCUGGGACAGAAAGAAACGAAGUGGCAGCCGCAACCCUUUCGGCAACAGAACCCCGCCGCCCCCAGAGCAGAUGGCACGUUUCAGGGCUGCGACUCUGGUGUUUGGCUCUAAGCUUUUGCCGAGCCUGGAGAGGAAUAAGCGGAUACACACAUGGAAGGAGCUCUUCCACAUUUUCAGGUCUCACUGGGAGUUCCUGAUUGACUGCGAAGAUCAGUUCAAACGGCGGCCUCAAUUGCUGGUCGACUGGACAGAGCGUCGGAAAGAUGUAUCAUUGGUAUGA